GCAAUGGUCUCCCCCAAAGCCUCUCAGCGCUACUUGAGCACGCGAGGCGGCUCAUACGAUCUUUCCUUCGAAGAGGUCGUCUUGAAAGGCCUCGCGCACGAUGGCGGCCUUUUCAUCCCCGAAGACAUCCCUUCUCUCCCAUCCGACUUCCUCACCAAAUGGCGCGACUACUCCUUCCAAGAACUGGCCUACGAGAUCUUCUCCCUGUACAUCUCCCCCGAGGAGAUUCCCGCCGACGACCUGAAAGACAUCAUUCACCGCAGCUAUGCGACAUUCCGCGCUGAUAAUAUCGUCCCACUGGUGACAUUGGACAAAGAGAAGAACCUGCACUUGUUGGAGCUGUUUCACGGCCCGACGUUCGCAUUCAAGGAUGUUGCGCUGCAAUUCGUGGGCAAUCUGUUCGAGUACUUCCUCGUACGACGGAACAAGGAGAAGGAGGGCAAGAGCAGAGACCAUCUUACAGUCAUUGGUGCUACAAGUGGAGAUACUGGCUCUGCGGCCAUUUACGGCUUGCGAGGCAAGAAGGAUGUGUCGGUCUUCAUCAUGUACCCAAAGGGUAAAGUGAGCCCAAUUCAGGAGGCUCAGAUGACCACAGUCACGGAUGCGAACGUUCACAACAUUGCCGUGGAGGGCACAUUUGACGAUUGUCAGGACAUCCUCAAGACACUCUUCGCCGAACCCGAGAUCAACAAGACACUCCGUCUCGGAGCUGUCAACAGCAUCAAUUGGGCUCGCAUUCUGGCCCAGAUCACGUACUACAUCCAUUCCUACUUCUCCCUCGCCCGACAGACCAAUACCGAGAAGCCCAUUGCACGUUUCGUGGUCCCGACCGGCAACUUUGGCGACAUUCUCGCAGGAUACUUUGCGACACGCAUGGGCCUGCCAGCAGACAAGCUGGUCAUUGCUACCAACGAGAACGACAUUCUGGACCGUUUCUGGAAGUCCGGCCGUUAUGAAAAGCAGGCCAAACACGGUGAGGAGGCAGAGGGUGGGUUCAAGGCGGAUGGUGCUCUCGCAGAUCCAAGCGGCGUGAAGAUGACAUAUGCUCCGGCAAUGGAUAUUCUGGUCAGCUCAAACUUUGAGAGGUUGCUGUGGUAUCUGGCUUUCCGCACAAGUGAUACCGAGGAGGUCAACAGGCGACGGAUGGAGGCGGGAGAAAAGGUCAAGGGCUGGUUGGAACAAUUGAAGAAAGAAGGUGGAUUUGGAGUGGAAAAGGCCAUACUGGAGGCUGCAAAGGAGGACUUCGAGAGCGAACGUGUUAGCGAUUCGGAGACCAUCGACACGAUCAAGGACGUCUACAGGCAGAAGGGGGUGCCUGCUGCGACAAAUGGAACCACAAAGCCGGCUACCACUGGAAUGGUCCACGAUGGCCACUACAUCCUGGAUCCACACUCGGCCAUCGGUAUUGCUGCGUCUCUCCGCUCCAUCGAGACCACCAAGUCGCGGAAAGACAUCCACCAUAUCGCCUUGGCUACAGCACAUCCCGCGAAGUUCUCUAAUGCUGUCGAGCUGGCACUGAAGGAAGAGGAGGGGUUCUCCUUCGAAACUGUUCUGCCGGAACAAUUCCAGGGUCUUAUGGACCUGGAGAAGCGCAUCACGGAGAGCAAGGCCAGCUGGGAGGCUGUCCGGGAUAUUGUGGUCAAACAAGUGGAGGAGGAGUUGAAGGGCGAGCGCUCGACGUUGUGA